GUUCAGUUUGGGAUUACUUCCUGUUGGCCAUCCUUUAUACGAUGUUUUUUGUCAAAGAUGUCUGAAGAAUGAAGGUUCAAUCUCGCAGACUACUUCUAGCUUAACUUCCCAUGUCAGACUCCUGGCAAAGGCUGAGAUCUUCGAGAGCUCCCUCUGUGAAGAAAUGAGGCAACAGGGGAAGCCCUGCAGAGCCGGCCAGGCACCUGUACACCAAGGUUAAGGCUGGUCACUGCACCAGCAGCCCUGGGAGCUGCUGGAUUCUCCACAAGCAUGAGAGCGGCUGGGUCAGUGCUGCUUUGAGAGCCCCAGACGGACACUUGAAAAGCCUCUGCUCGUCUGGGAAGUUGAUCUGAUUUUUUUGAAACCCUGGAGUAGAGUGGAAUGGAGACUUUUUUGAAACUUAACUCAGAGGGUUGUGAAUGGCUCCUAGAAGAUCCUGACUUUAUCCCGAGGAAAUACUGUUUUUCUGGGGUGGCUUCCUGUCAUACAGUCCCCUCAGUUGACCAUGAGCCAGCCAGACCCUGUGCAAGACCCGGAGUCCAGCCCUGCACCCCUGUGUGUGGUGUGUGGUCAAGCCCACUCCCCUGAGGAAAACCACUGCUACACCUACACAGAUGAAGUAGAUGAUGACCUCGUGUGCCACAUCUGCCUGCAAGCAUUGCUGGACCCUCUGGACACUCCCUGUGGGCACACCUACUGCACACUGUGCCUCACCAGCUUCCUGGUGGAGAAGGAUUUCUGCCCUGUGGAUCGCAAGCCCUUGGCUCUGCAGCACUGCAGAAAGUCCAGCAUCCUGGUCAACAAGCUCCUCAACAAGCUGAUGGUCACAUGCCCGUUCACAGGACAUUGCACCGAGGUACUGCAGCGCUGCGACCUCCAGCAUCACUUUCAAACCAGCUGUAAAGGUGCCUCUCACUACGGCCUGACCAAGGACAGGAAGAGGUGCUCCCAGGAUGGCUGUCCCGAUGGCUGCACGAGCCUCAUGGCCACAGCACUCUCGCCAGAGGUUUCCGCAGCUGCCACCUCCUCCCUGAUGACUGGUGAGCCUGGCCUAGACAACCCUGCCUAUGUGUCCACAGCCGAGGAUGGUCAGCCAGCAAACAGCGCACUGGACUCUGGCCAGAGCAACCGAACUAGGGCACGGCCCUUUGAGCGAUCCACAAUCAGAAGCAGAUCUUUUAAAAAAAUUAAUCGAGCUUUGAGUGUUCUUCGAAGGACAAAGAGUGGAAGCGUAGUUGCCAACCAAGCCGAGCAGGGUGGAGAAAAUUCAGAAAAUAUCCCUGCUCCAGAAGUCUUUCCAAGGUUGUAUCACCUGAUUCCAGAUGGUGAAAUUACCAGCAUCAAGAUCAAUCGAGUGGAUCCAAAUGAAAGCCUCUCCAUUAGGCUUGUGGGAGGCAGCGAAACCCCUCUGGUCCAUAUCAUCAUCCAACACAUUUAUCGUGAUGGGGUGAUUGCCAGAGACGGCAGGCUACUGCCAGGAGACAUCAUCCUAAAGGUCAAUGGGAUGGACAUCAGCAACGUGCCUCACAACUACGCCCUGCGCCUCCUGCAGCAGCCCAGCCAGGUGCUGCGGCUGACGGUGCUGAGAGAACAGAAGUUCCAGAGCAGGAACAGUGGGCAACCACUAGAUGCCUACGGACCCCAGGGUGACAGUUUCCAUGUGAUUCUCAACAAAAGCAGCCCUGAGGAGCAGCUUGGAAUAAAGCUGGUGCGCAAGGUGGACGAGCCUGGAGUAUUCAUUUUCAGUGUGUUGGAUGGUGGCGUGGCAGACCGACAUGGCCAGCUGGAGGAGAAUGACCGUGUGUUAGCCGUCAAUGGACAUGACCUUCGGUACAGCAGCCCAGAAAGCGCCGCUCAUCUGAUUCAGGCCAGCGAAAGGCACGUCCAUCUCGUCGUGUCCCGCCAAGCUCGUCAGCAGAGUCCUGACAUCAUUCAGGAAGCCGUCUGGAACAGUGACGGCAGCCAGUCCCCACGGCCAGGGGACAGGAGCAUCGCUCCCAAGCCCCUCCAUCCUGCUGUCACUUGUCAUGAGAAGGUGGUAAGUGUCCACAAAGACCCCAGCGAAUCUCUCGGCAUGACCGUUGCAGGGGGAGCAUCACACGGGGACUGGGACUUGCCUAUCUAUGUCAUCAGUGUUGAGCCCGGGGGAGUCAUAAGCAGAGAUGGAAGAAUAAAAACAGGUGAUGUUUUGUUGAAUGUGAAUGGGGUUGAACUAACAGAGGUCAGCCGGAGCGAGGCAGUUGCUCUAUUGAAAAGCACAUCAUCCUUGGUGGUUCUCAAAGCUUUGGAAGUCAGAGAAUGUGAGCCUCAGGAAGCCUGCAGCAGCCCAGCCGCCCUGGACUCCAGCCACAGCACGGCCCCACCUGGCGACUGGUCUCCCUCCUGGGUCAUGUGGCUGGAAUUACCACAGUACCUGUAUAACUGUAAAGAUGUUAUAUUACGUAGAAACACAGCUGGAAGUCUGGGCUUCUGCAUUGUAGGAGGUUAUGAAGAAUACAGUGGGAAUAAACCUUUUUUUAUCAAAUCCAUUGUUGAAGGAACACCAGCAUACAAUGAUGGAAGAAUUAGAUGUGGUGAUAUUCUUCUGGCUGUCAAUGGUAGAAGUACAUCAGGAAUGAUACAUGCUUGCUUGGCAAGGAUGCUGAAAGAACUUAAAGGAAAAAUCACUCUCACUAUUGUUUCUUGGCCUGGCACUUUUUUGUAGUAUCAAUGAUGGGUCACAGGAAAACAGAAAAUGACAAAUAAGCUAAGUUGAAAGAAUGUAUUUAUCAUGUCAAUUUUGUAAAAAUGUGAAGUUUAAUGUUAGGGAAAGUAUGAUCUGAUGAAAGCCAAUUACACCUCAGAAAACUUAAUUCUCAAAACACAAGGAUUACUGAUAAAUAGUUUUUAUUCAGUGUGGAGGAUUUCUCAUUACUCCACAAUUUUAAGUUCAUAUUUUUCUACUCAAGAAAAAGCUCUUGAACAGGUGAGAUGGUUUGGAUGUCCCCACUGAAUUCAAAUCAUACAAUUAAAUUAAAAAGUUGGUUGGUAUAUGCUGAGGUCUGCAAAGGGUGCACUAUGGGCAUGUUAAAAACAAUUUUCAGCCAGAGGAUUUUAAAAGUGCAUUGCUGAAAAAUGUUCUUGGAAUGAGAAAUAAAUGUUUUUCAAAAUUA